CGUGUUAGUUUAGCGGAGGUGUGGCUUGGUGAUAAAAAGAUGGAUGCUUCAUCUCAGUUUUGUAUCUAGGGCUGUACGGGAAGUGCUCGAAUCUGCCGCGAUCGCCUUCCGAAGACGUCUCCUGAAGCUCCUACCACUGAUACCAAGUGGAGAUUAUCCCUCUUCCCAGCUCUCUAAAGCAUAAGAGGGCUUGAUCCUCGAAAAACCUUUGUUCAGUAGCUCGCUUCGGACUGGUGGAGGUGCGAUGUCUGUUUCGGAGCCACCAGAGAGUCCGGCUCCCGCCCCCGCCCCGACUGAAGGGGAAGAAGAGCUCACUACCACAGGGAGAAUAGUCAGCAGUGUGCGGUGUCCGGCCUCCAAGAGGCUGGGUAUGGCUGAUGUCUACACCAGCAAAGGGAAGCCUGACCCCGACAUUCUCAAGUCUCAUUUCAUUCACGAGGGAAGGUUAGAGGAGGAGGUGGCCAUUAGAAUCAUCCAGGAUGGGACUGAGAUCCUGAGACAAGAGGAGACGAUGCUGGCAGUGGAAGCUCCAGUCACAGUCUGUGGCGACAUCCACGGCCAGUUCUACGACCUCAUGAAGCUCUUUGACGUGGGGGGCUCCCCCGAAACGACUCGCUAUCUCUUCCUGGGAGACUAUGUUGACAGAGGCUACUUCUCUAUAGAGUGUGUGCUGUAUCUAUGGACGCUGAAGAUCUGCUACCCCAACACACUGUUCAUGUUGAGAGGGAAUCACGAGUGUCGGCAUCUCACGGAGUACUUCACCUUCAAACUAGAGUGUAAGAUCAAGUACUCUGAGACUGUGUAUGAUACGUGUAUGGACUCAUUUGACUGCCUCCCACUGGCGGCCAUCAUGAACCAGCAGUUCCUCUGUGUCCACGGUGGUCUCUCCCCCGAGGUCUUCGGUCUGGAGGACAUCAAGAACUUGGACAGGUUCAAGGAGCCGCCAGCGUUUGGUCCCAUGUGCGACCUCCUCUGGUCUGACCCUCUGGAGGACUUUGGCACUGAGAAACCAACUCAGGAGAACUACAGCCACAACUCCGUCCGGGGAUGCUCCUACUAUUACAGCUACAAUGCCUGCUGCGAGUUCCUUCAGAGGAACAACAUGCUGUCCAUCAUCAGGGCUCACGAGGCCCAGGACGCGGGCUACAAGAUGUACCGCAAGAGCCAUGCCACCGGUUUCCCCUCCCUCAUCACCAUCUUCUCCGCACCCAACUACCUCGACGUCUAUGGGAACAAAGCGGCGGUACUCAAGUAUGAGAACAAUGUGAUGAACAUCCGCCAGUUCAACGCAGUGGAGCAUCCAUACUGGCUGCCCAACUUCAUGGACGUCUUCACCUGGUCCCUGCCCUUUGUAGGAGAGAAAGUGACGGAGAUGCUAGUGAAUGUUCUUAGUCUGAAAGAUGACGACCUUCGUGAUGAAGGGGACGACCUCAUUAAGCCUGGAUCAGAGGAGGCGAAAAGUCUGGCCGUGAGGAAGGAGGUGAUCAGAAACAAGAUCAGAGCUGUUGGAAAGAUGGCGCGAGUCUUUGCUGUUCUCAGAGGGGAGAGAGAAGAGGUCCUGGCAUUGAAGGGACUAACACCCUCAGGUCAGCUACCAGUUGGUGUCCUAUCAGAGGGAAAGGCUGGACUUUCAACAGCCAUUCUAGAGUUGAAGGCAAAGAUCCACAGCUUCAGCGACGCCCGGAAACUGGAUAGGGUAAACGAGCGCAUGCCCCCUCGUCGAGACUCAAUGAUCAGCUUAUCCAGCGAGCCAGCAGAGAGCCCCAUGUCUGUCACGUCUGAGAGGAAAUUCACAUACUAACAACACCACUAGCUCAUUAUUGUAACGAUAGACACUUCCAGCACUCUCACUCCGUACACACACACACACCACAAUCAAAAUAUUAUAGAUCUUUUAGUUUUUGUAUGCCUUAAUCUAUAUAUUAUUGUAUAAUUAUAAUGAAUGUGUGUGUUGACUGUGUGUAUAAUUAUCAUGUGAGUUUCUCUAGUUAUGUCAACAGCUUUUAAACUUACAAAACAGCACUUUUGACAGUAAAAAAAUAUUUAAUUGACGAGCCAACCCAGCUA